CUUUAAAUGGGUUGUUCUUCUUCAAAUGUAAAACUGUCAAUAUAUAAAAUAGAGUGCGGAUGUUAAUAAUCCUGGAAAUGCUCCUAAGGCUGAAGUUAUUUUCAUUUUGGUAUUUUUUAAAUAUAAUUUGAUUAGGGAGGUCCUGGAUCAGGUAAGGGUACAUAAUGUGAAAAGAUGGUAAAAGACUAUUGUUUUUUACAUAUAAGUACAGGAGAUUUACUAAGAGCUGAAAGAUAGAAAGGUAGAAAAGAAUUAAUAUAAAUUAGGUGGACCUGAUGCUGAAGAAUUGGAAAAUAUAAUGAGAGAAGGAAAAUUAGUUCCAUCUGAUACAUUAGUAAAAUUAAUAAAAAAAGUAAAAAGUGUUAGUGAAUUAAAAAGGAAAUAGAAUCUUUAGGAAAUACAGGAAGAUAUAUUUUGGAUGGAUUUCCAAGAUCAUAAGAUAAUUGGUAAAGUUGGACUAAAAUAAUUGGAAAUUCUGUAAACGCAAGAUUUUUAUUAAUGUUCGAAUGUUCAGAAGCAGUAAUGGAAUAGAGACUUUUAAAGAGAGGAUAAACAUCAGGUCGAGCAGAUGAUAAUGCAGAAACAAUAAAGAAAAGAUUUGCUACAUUUAUGAAUGAAACAUAACCAGUAGUAGCUGAUUUUGAAAAAAGAAAUAUGGUAAUUAAAGUUAGUGCAGAAGCAGCACCGGAAGAAGUUUAUGAGAAUGUUAAAAAAGCAUUAAUAAAUAAAGGAAUUUAGGCAUAAAAACGACCUGAAGUUUUAUUUGUUUUAGUAAUCAAUAUUUAAAUUUGAAGGGAGGACCUGGUUCAGGUAAAGGAACUUAAUGUGUCCGUAUUUCAAAAGAAUUUUAAUAUGUACAUUUAUCAACAGGAGAUUUAUUAAGAGAAGAACAAAAAAAAGAAGGUCCUAUGCAAGCAGAAUUAAAAUCAAUAAUGGAAGCAGGUAAACUUGUACCAUCUGAUCUUGUUGUUAAAUUAAUGAAAAAAGUAUUUAUAUUAUAUAUAAAUAAUAGGAAUUAUUAAGGAGAUAAUUUAGAGGAAAAUAUUUAUUAGAUGGAUUUCCUAGAAAUUAAGAAAAUAUAGAUUCUUGGAAUAAAAUUUUAGCUCCUUUAGUUGAUGUUAAUUGUUUACUUUACUUUGAAUGUUCUGAUGAUGAAAUGACAAAAAGACUUUUAGAAAGAGCUAAAACAUCAGGAAGAGCAGAUGAUAAUGAAGAAACAAUUAAAAAAAGAUUGAAUACUUUCCAUUCUGAAACUAAGCCUGUUCUUGGAAUAUUUAAAGAUUAAAGUAAUAUAUUAAAUAUAAUUAGAUAAAUUAAAGGUUAUAAAUUCAGAAUAAUUAGUUGAUGUUGUAUAUUCCAAUGUUAAGAAGGAAUUUAAAAGUAGAGGAUUGGCAGUUACAUAAAAUGGUUAGAGACCUUAAAAAGGAAAAUAUGUUAUAGGUUUGAUUGGUGCUCCAGGAACAGGAAAAUAAGUUUAAUCAACUAGAAUAUCAAAAAGAUUUGGUUUCUAACAUCUUUCGACUAAAAUGUUAGUUAGAGAUGAAAUUAAAAAAAAUACCUAAGAUUCAUAAACCAUAAAAGAAUGUUAAAAAAAUAAUUAACCUAUUCCUGGUAAAGUGAUUGUAAAAUUGAUACUAGCUGCUAUUAAUUAAUCAAAAGCUGUAAUUAUUUUUGUUUUAUUUAUAGAGAAAAUUCAUUGUAGAUGGUUUUCCAAGAAAUUAAGAUAAUCUGAAUGCUUGGUAUGCUUAAACAAAUAAUCCAAUAAAAUUAAAAUAUAUAAUGUGUUUUGCAUGUUCUUAAGAAGUACUUGAUAAAAGGAUUGCUGCAGAUGUUGGUAAUAAUUAAAAUAUUAUAAUAAUAAAGCUAAGAAAGAUUAAGCAAGUAUUUAGAGAAAAGUUGAAGUAUUAAAUAAUUAAACAAACUAAAUAAUUCAAUUGUUUAAGAAAGAUGAAAGACUUAUUGAGAUAAACACAGAAUCUUCAAUUGAUGAAGUAUUUGGUGAGAUUGAGAAAGUUUUUAUUGCAAAAAAGUUAGAUAGAUGAGAC